UAAAUAAAAAACUAAUUGAAUUAAGCAAUUCAAUUGACAUUGACCCCAUUGUGGGGGAGCGGCAUGUAAUCCAAUUAGUGCUUUGUGAGGCAAUGACGUCAAAAUCGGUUUCUGAUGAGGUGAGCGGGUGAGAGGGGAAGUGAAGUAACUAUAAAUAUCCAGUUUGCUAAUUUGUGUACAAUAUAGUGCGCUGGCACUGGCACGUCUAUCUUCAUUUGUUGUGAUUGCCACCGCUGCUUCUGUUAUGCUGUGAAAACUCGUAAAUUAUUCAGCACUUUUUACUGCUCGCAUUUUGUGUUGGGUGAGUUUGGGCUGGGCUGGAUUGGGUUGUGGGGAUGUGGUGUUGCUCCACAUUUAAUGGGCGGCACAGAGGUGUGGAAAACAGAUUCGCAACAGGAAACAAAACAGAGAAAGAGCUGACGAAACGUGAAAAGCGAGAGCACACACACAGAUGCGAUGUGCUGCUUCCCAUUCCCCAAUUCCCAGUUCGCUGGUGAUGGUGCUGGUGCUGCUGCUGUUGGCGCAUCUAAUUGUUUUGAAUGUUGCGUUUUGUUAUUGUAAUUAAUAUUUAGCUAAAUUCUGCAGUGGGUUUUGGUUUGUCACAAACUAAAAAGCGAAAAGCGUCGAACAAAUUGCGGUCAUUAAACUUUUUGCCAUGCCAACUGAAAUAAAGUGUCGCCUCCGUGUGGGCUGCCUGCCACUACAGCGCCAAAGAGCAACGCGUGCGGAUCAGUGGAUUAUCAUCACUUGCACUGCACUGCACCUGCACUUGCAACUCACAGUGGCAACUUGCUGUCUACUCCUGGCCUUCGCAAAAGUGCCCACACAUCCGCAGCAGACAAACACCUGGCGGGAUCUAUUUUUUGGCAGCAAGUGGCUGUCGCCGGGUCCGCGUUUCCGUGAGUCCAAGUUUUUUCCCAUAUUUGCUCUGGUGCCCAUUGGACCCGGCAGCUGUUCGGCGCCCUCUGGGGAGCAGGGUAAUUGUAUUCCCAGCAAGGAUUGUAUACUCAGGAAUGGCAUACCAGCGGGUCCCUGUGGCGGCGGCUAUGGCGUCUGUUGCGUAUUUCUGCAGACCUGUGGUGGCGUGAUACGCGAGAACUCUACCUACUUUGUGAACCCGAAUCAUCCGGAUGUGUAUGAUGGCACUGGCAGUUGCCAGGUGACGGUGCAGAAACUUCAUCCGGACAUCUGUCAGCUGCGCUUGGAUCUGGAUAUGUUUUCCAUAGCUCCACCAGAGGCCGCCAAUCAUUUGUGCAAUCAAGAUCAGCUUCUUAUAUCGGGCGGAAGUCCAACGCCCACCAUUUGUGGCAGCUCCACGGGCGAUCACAUGUACAUUGAUGCGGGUCUGGGCCAAAGCAAUCCGAUUGUCUUAUCUGUGAUCACCAGCGGAAGUUUUCCGCGCCUGUGGCGCAUCCGCGUCACGCAAAUCCACUGCGGCAGCAUCAGUCGAGCGGAUCAGGGCUGUCUGCAGUAUUACACGGCCAUUAGCGGGCGCGUGCGGAGCUUCAACUACAACACGGUGGGUGGGAGGCAACUCUCCAAUCAGGACUACAGCAUCUGCAUUCGCAAUGAGCGAAACUUUUGCGGCAUUCAGUACAACACCUGCCCGGACCUGGAGAACAAUCGGUCGAGGGCCUUCACGCUGUCGGGCAACUCCAACAAUCCUGUUCCCACCAUGGUGGGUGGCGGCGGUGCCAAUGGCUGUGUCAGCGAUUGGCUGCUGAUUGGCUGCAUUCGAUCGGCGGAUCGCGUUCCACCGCUGCCGGGCUGCGAGGAUCGUGUCUGUGGGGGCACCUUCAGCGCCGAGGCUGGCAUGUUGGCCAAGACAGUACAAUCCAGCGUUCGUCCUUUUCGGCUGUACUUCCACACGGAUGGCGUUGAGGCACCGAAUGACAUAGAUAAUCGUGGAUUCUGCCUGGACUAUGUUCAGCAGCCCUGUACAAAUGGUUUUUAGUCGUCGCCG